UGCCAGCUAGGCCCGAAGGGAAAGGAACAGCAGCUUGCUUCGGUUUCGUACAGUUGGAAGUGAGAAUUUGCAAGUAAUACAGACGUGUUCCAUUACAGAGGAGUUUACAAUUUGACUUUGAUAUGCUAAAGGAUGAUUUGAAGAAAAAAGGAAGAUACAGUAAGAAAAGGAAAUGGAGUAUGAGAGAAAGGAAGAGUGAUUGAACAUAAGACUUCACUGCCUACUUCUCUUUCUAAUUAUUUUAAUAAUUUAAAAUUAGGUCCACGUCCAAAAAUUUAGUAGGAUGAUGUUAUCUGUUCAUGUUAUACUGCAGGAAAUACAACAUUCACUUUUGUGAUGUUAAAUUUACAGCGACAAAAGCUUAAACUUGAUGAGAAAGCUUUUUGUGAAGACAUGGCCUCCAACAUUGCGAAUGAAAAGAGUGUGAAUCCUGUGCUCAGAAUAAGUCAGCUUGAUGCGCUGGAACUAAACAAAGCCCUGGAGCAACUAGUAUGGUCCCAAUUUACCAGCUGUUUCCAUGGAUUUAAACCAGGGAUGUUGGCUCAUUUUGAACCAGAAGUAAAAGCAUUUUUAUGGCUUUUAUUGUGGAGAUUCACUAUCUAUUCCAAGAAUGCAACUGUUGGACAGGCUAUUCUGAAUAUUCAGUACAAGAAUAACUUAUCUCAGACAGAGAAAUACCAACCCCUGAGUAAACACCAGAAGUUAUGGUAUCUUAUUUUAACUGUUGGUGGACGAUGGUUGGAAGAAAGAUGUUAUGAUUUAUUUAGCAAUCGUCAGCCGGAAUCUUUCUGCAGAAUUAAACAUUGUAUUAACUUUGGAGCUGGACUUCUUAAACUCUGUGGACUACUAAAUUUUCUGAUUUUUCUUCAGAAAGGAACAUUUGCAACCCUUACAGAGCGUAUUCUAGGAAUUAGAUCAGUUUUUUGCAAGCCUCAAAGUGCGCGUCAGAUAGGAUUUGAAUACGUGAACAGGGAGCUCUUGUGGCAUGGAUUUGCUGAGUUUCUGAUCUAUCUACUACCACUUAUUAAUUUACAAAAACUGAAACUCAAAAUUUCUUCUUGGUCUUUGCCUAUUGCAGGUCUUUCCAAUAGUGAAAACACAUUAGCAGCUCACUGCAAGGAGUGUUCACUAUGUGGGGAGUGGCCUACCAUGCCGCAUACCAUAGGCUGCUCACAUGUUUUUUGUUACUAUUGUAUUAAAAGCAACUAUUUGUUUGACAUGUAUUUUACUUGUCCCAAGUGUGGCUCAGAGGUAAACAGUGUUCAGCCACUGAAAUAUAAAAUAGAAAUGACAGAAUUGCAUACCUGAUAGGGGACUUGUUUCACUUUUAUACUGUACAUGAAAUAUUAUAGAGAUGACAGGAAAAAAUCAGAAAUUACUGUAAACAGCUUGAAAAGGGGUUUGGGAAAUUCUGUGAUUUGUUGUAACAUAUCAUGUCUUUACUUGUAUUAGUUUUUUAUGAAGUAACUGUGCCAGCUUGCCUCUCUGAAGGAAGGAGAAGAAAGGAGGUCACUAGGUCUGCUAUUCUCUCAGACUACUUUAUCACUGUUAGGCUCAACAACAUAGGGCUAACCAUUCUUCCUAAUAUCCAGGUCCUGGUGGCCUACCACUUCCUGGCUGCAUGCAAUGUACUUCCCUCAAGGUUAGAAGAGAAGGUGCCUGAGGAACCUUUACCCAUUUUGUGAUUUUUCUCAAGCUUAUUGUAUAAAAACAGUACCAAAUAAGUUAGUAGGUAGAUUUAGUGGGGAGGGUGCCCAUGCUUAGGGAACACUGGAACACUUUCUUUAGGCAUGGCUUAAAAAGAUAAAUAAAAAUAAAAUAAAUUUGAAUACUUUUGCAAAUGUGAUGUUCCACUAGAAAAAUAGGAAAAGUGCAAAUGAAGUAUCACGGGAGAUUAAUAAUAUUUUUUGAGGAUGAUCAGAGGGCUGGAGCACCUGCCCUAUAAGGAACGGCUGCAAGAGCUGGACCUCUUCAGCCUGGGGAAGAGAAGACUCGGGGGAUCUUAUCAAUGUGUAUAAGUACCUGAAGGGAGGGUGUCAAGGGGACGGGGACAAACUCUCUUCAGUUGCCCCAUGUGACAGGACAAGAGGCCAUGGGCAGAAAUUGAAGCACAGGAAGUUCUGCCUGACCGUGAGGGGGAAUUUCUUCCCUGUGAGAGUGACAGAGCACUGGACCAGGUUGCCCAGAGAGGUGGUGGAGUCUCCGUCUCUGGAGAUCUUCAAGGCCCACCUGGACACAACCCUGUCUACCAUGCUGUAGAUGACCCUGCUGAGCAGGAGGGUUGGACUAGAUGAUCUCCAGAGGUCCCUUCCAACCUUGCUGGUUCUAUGAUUCUGUGAUCUUUCCAGUAGAAAGACAGAUUCCCGGUAGAUAAAUUAUUAUAAAAGAGGUAACCGUUGCCUGCUCAAAUACAAAGCAUCUUCUACAUUUUUGCACUCAACUGCAUGUCUGCAAUCUUUGAUGGGAUAUAUGACCACUUCCCACGUUGUCCUUACAAAGCUGAAGAACCCAGUCUAUCAUCCAUUGGAAUGUGGCAGCUAGAUGAUGUAACCUGCAUUUUUCUGAAUCAAAAUUUGUUGAGAAAACUCUUUACUUGCAGAUGCUCACAUGCCACACUUCUUUCUGUGUUGUGUUCAAGCUGGGUGCCAAACCACACUAGCAGCUCACUACCACACAGAAAAUGGAUCAGGCAUAGUUAUAUGCAUGUAGAUAAGUGUGUGUUUGAUUUAAAAAAAAAAAAAAAAAAAAAAAAACUUCAUGGUUUUAUUAUUCCUCAUUUUGCAAUAGUUUUAUUAUUCCUAGUUUUAAUACUUUAUCAGUUUAUUCUCUGACUGGGUUGUAUAAGUGUGUUUGGGUUGGUUUGUUUUUCACCCAAAUCAUAGUCUUUUUUUACAGGAAGUCCUACUCAACAGUCUCAUUAAAACAAAAAUAUAUUUCAUCCUUUUUUGUUUCUUAAAAAAAAUUCUUAAAGUCUUAUAUCAUACAGUUAAAUUUAAUAAAUCGGUUUAUGGUGACUUGGUUUUUGAUUGGCUAUCAUCAAUAGUCAGUCCCAAAGAUGGUGUGGUAACAACUGAUCCAGUACCUUUGAUCUCCUUUUAUGAAAUGUUUUAUUACAUUUUUUCAGUGUCUGAUUAAAACAACGUACCAGUCUAUUAGUUUGAA